AUGGGUGGAGACCAGGAUCCGCUUAGCAUGUAUCCUGAUAUCUUAGACGCCUGGGCGAGCGUGUGUGUGCGUGUGCGCCUGUGGCUAUAUGGCCACACGCCUGAUUUUAUGGUGUUAGUGGAGGAAAUCUAUAAGGCUCAGAGGGAGAGAGACCAGGCUGUGAUGGCCAGACUGCGGCUGGCGAACGAGGAGAGGGAUGAAGCUUUACUUCGGGCCAAGAAGCUUCAGGAGGCAACGCUGGAGCUGGAGAAUAUUAAACCUGAAGAAAGUGAUGUGGAUCUGGAGGAGUUGUUAAACCGGGUGAACAGUGCAGAAUCUGCCCUCGCGAUUGAACAAAGCGGAGCGGCCAUCAUUGAACAGAUCCAAAGGGCCAGAGAGCGACGUUCCCAGAUCACCUCAGAGGAGAUGAAAACAGUCAUCCAGGAGCGAGACGCUGCUUUAACCAGGUGCAAGCGUCUGGAGCAAGAGCUUCUUCAUGUAAAAGAGCCGAGCCACAAUUCUGCAAACAGCACCCGCCAUUCCACCACCCAAAGCAAUCAGGAGCGAUCGAGCAAGCUUGACUUGGAUCUUCAGGAGGCUCAGAGAGAAAGAGAUAAAGCCCUGCUGCUCAGUCACUCUCUACAAGAGGAGCUGCAGACCUUACGCAGUGUGCUGCAGCAUCAGGCUGAUGAGAGCAGUCCAGACAGUUCUUCUACCUCCAACCAAAGCCAGACUGAUAUUCAGCCACUUCUGUACCGCCUGCAGCAGCUGACAUCUGAACACCAGAAUGCUCAAACACAACUGUGUCUGGCCCAGGACAGAGAGAGGGAGGCCAACGAGAAAGCUCAAAGGUUGGAGCGUUUGGUGGAGGUGUUGCGGAAGAAAGUGGGCACUGGCAGUGUCCGAAAAGUCAUCUGACCCAAGCAGACGGCCACAUCUGGUGACCAGCCUGCGGCGUUUAACUCUGAGCAAACAGCCGAAAGCCUGGCCUGGGCAAACACAGGCUGGAAGUGGUGCUCUCUCUCUCUCUCUUUUUCCUUCUUUCUUUCUUUCUUUCUCUCUCUCUCUCUCUCUCUUAGUCCUGUUCUCAUUCCAGGCCAGGCUCAGAAAAAAAAAACGUCAUCGUAAAUGUUUAACCACAUUCUCUCUGCAGUCGCCAAUGAGAGUGCGGAUACUUCACUCGAUCUGCUACUCCAAAGGUUUUUCUUUCUUCUCCUCUCAGUCACUUACUUGCCGUACGUUGUUAUAUAGUCUGGUUAAACAUCAGGGGUUUGAUUGGAUUCAGUCAGUGGGUCUUUUUUUUCCUUCUUCAUAUAAAUCCUGCUCUUUUGGACCAAAGGAUGAGUUUUUUUUGUAUUGAAGAUGCACUGAAAUAGAUGAUUCAUUGGGUUUACUACAUUUUUUAGGUAAGUGGUUGCAAACUAUUUAAAUAGGCUGAAUUAAACAAACAAAUUAAUUUUAGUCAUGUUUAACUUCAUUUGUUUGUUUAAAUUCAGCCCAUGUAAAUUGUUGGCAACCAUUUACCUUAAAGAAAAUGAGUAUAAAUCAUUAUUUUCAGUGUGGGGAUGGACAAUCGGAGCUGUAGAUGUUUUAAUUUUUGUCCCAAAUGAAUAAAGGGAGUUAAAACAAAAGUA